AUGGCCCAGUUCAAGGAGAAGCUGAUCGCGAAGGAAAGCCUAGAGGGUCGCCUGUUGUUCGCCGUGCCCAAGAAGGGCCGCCUCAACUCGGCCACCCUGGACCUGCUUGAGGGAGCCGACAUCAAGUUCCGCCGCGAGAGCCGUCUCGACAUUGCCCUCGUCAAGAACCUCCCCAUCGCCCUCAUCUUCCUGCCUGCCGCCGAUAUCCCGACGUUUGUUGGCGAGGGCCGCGUCGACCUUGGAAUCACGGGCUGGGACCAGGUCAGGGAGCACGAUGCCGGCAUCAUUGCCCACAACAAGUCGAGGAGGGCUUCCGUCGACCUCAAUGAUGGCGAGCUGAAGCCCACCGGUGGCUGCGAGAUGGUCAUGGAGCUCGGCUUCGGUGCCUGCAAGCUCCAGGUCCAGGUCCCCGAGAAGGGAGCCUACGCCACAACGCAGGACUUGGUCGGCAAGACCAUCGGCACCAGCUUCGUCAACCUGGCCGAGGAGCACUUUGCCAAGCUCGAGCUGGGCGUCGACGCCGACGGCAACAGCAACACGUCGCCCAGGAAGCUGCGCACCAAGAUCAUUGAGCUCAGCGGAAGUGUCGAGGCCGCCUGCGCGCUGGGUGUCGCUGACGGCAUCGUCGAUCUCGUUGAGUCUGGCGAGACCAUGAGGGCCGCCGGCCUCAAGGCCAUCGACACCGUCGUCGACUCGCAGUCCGUCCUGAUCAAGUCCCGCAACCCCUCCAACGUCGAGCUCGUCGAGCUCAUCGCCGCUCGCAUCCGCGGUGUCAUCACCGCUCAGAGGUUUGUCCUGUGCCAGUACAACAUCGAGAGGUCACGCCUCGGCGAGGCGAAGCAGAUCACCCCCGGCAAGCGGGCGCCGACCAUCACGACGCUGGACGAGGAGGGCUGGGUUGCCGUCAGCUCCAUGGUGGAGAAGAAGAAGAUUGCUCUGGUGAUGGACGACCUGACCCGCGUUGGCGCCCAGGACAUUUUGGGUGUCAUGACACCCAUCAUCUUCGUCUCGUUCCUCCUCUCCCUAGUGUGGGUCGACCUGAAGUACACACUGAGGAGAUCCCGGGAUCGCGGCCACCACCACGGCGGCGGCUGGAUGCCCAGCUGGCUACACGGCAUCGUGUACCGUCGCUCACCGUACACGUACAUGCAGAAGGAAUCCACAACGCCAAGUCCCAGCCCCAGAUCAAGUCCCAGGGAGGAGCCGGGCGAGUUCUACUACCACAGCAAGCAGAAGAAGCUGAUGCGCAUGGAGAUGGACGACGCGUUCGAGGUCCGAGGGCAGGUUCUCGUGGUCGUGGGGGCGGCUUCUCUGGCGACGCUCUGGGGGUUCUGGGUGUUGACGAGCUGGGUCUGGAGGAGCGUGUCACUACGGGGUCUUGUCUUUUGA